UUUCUUCUUUCCUUUUGUUAUUCACGAAGAAGAAGAUAUUUAUGCUGUUUUCGCGGUCCUGAACGAAAGUUGGCUAAUCAAAAUUUAGGCGGCUUUUGCUUCUCUCACUUUUCAGAUAUUUCUACAGGUUUUUGGUUAGGGAUGAGGUUAUUUGGAUAAUUUCACUGCAAAAUAAAUAGUUUUCUUUCUUUCUCCUUCAGCUCACUCUGCUUUUCUUUUUACUGAGAAAUUAGGGUUUGAGAAUGGGUGAAGUUGGUAUGGAAGUGGAAAUGGAGGUAGGGACGGCGGGGGAGAGGAAGAAAAAGAAUAAGAACGAGGAAAAAGAUGGAUCUUCGGCGGUUGUUCGGUGGGAAAGGUUCUUACCUCGGAUGGUUCUCAGAGUUUUAUUAGUUGAAGCCGAUGAUUCCACUCGUCAGAUUAUUACCGCUCUUCUUCGAAAAUGCAGUUACAAAGUAGUUGCGGCAGUUCCUGAUGGUUUAACGGCAUGGGAGACUUUAAAGGGUGGACCGCAUAAUAUUGAUCUUAUAUUGACUGAAGUAGAGCUGCCAUCGAUAUCUGGAUUCGCUCUUCUUACUUUGGUCAUGGAACAUGAUAUUUGCAGAAAUAUUCCUGUUAUAAUGAUGUCAUCGCAUGAUUCAAUUAGCAUGGUUUUGAAGUGCAUGUUAAAAGGUGCAGCUGACUUUCUUAUCAAGCCUGUUCGGAGGAAUGAGUUAAGGAACCUCUGGCAGCAUGUUUGGAGAAGACACUCGCUAGGUGGUGGACGUGUUCCUCAUAAUCUACCUGCUACAGAACAUGAAGUUGAAGCCACAGCUGAAAACAAUGCUGAGAGCAAUCAAUCGAGUGAUUAUGGAUCGUCAACACAGAAAAAUAAAGAAGGAAGUGAUACCCAAGGUCUUUCACAGCUGAAGUGUACGAGUUCAAAUUUUAGUGAUACAGGCGGAGAGCAGCUAGGAAACGUUAUCAAAUUGUGUCAAGGGUCACUUCAAGCUGAGGGUCAAGCUGAAGAAAAUUCAAAUAGAUUACAAAAGGAGGUUGCUUAUUGCAGUGUAGCUUGUGAAUCAACUGCAUCUAGAUUGGAAGAAAACCCUGCUUCUGUUAAAGGGAUGACUCAUGAUACUGCUGUUGGACUACAAAGUGAUAGAGAUAAUGAGAAUGUUAUGAUUAGAGUUGGCUGCAACGAUGAAUUAGUUGGACCUCCAACUGGAGCUAUUGACUUGAUUGGUUCAUUUGAUAAUCGACCAAAGGGCACUUUUGGGCUUUCUAUUUUAAGUGAUGGUGCAAACAAGUUUGAAUUUUCUCCACAGUUGGAGCUUUCCUUAAGAAGAUCUUGUUUAAGUAGCACUAAGAACCAAGGUACCAGUGAAAGGCCUACACUAAACCAUUCUGAUGCAUCGGCUUUUUCAUGGUAUAACAAUAGCAAGUCAUUACAGCCCAUUUUCCCUACGCUAGCUGGCAAUCGAGCUGCAUUGAAGGAGGGUGACAGUGAAUCUGGACAGCACCUGGAAAGUACCAAUGGUACUUCUCAACCUCAUGUUGUUUUAGUGAGUGAUAGUUGGGAGAAUCUGCCCAAUCCAGUCACAGGUCAAUCUGAACUAACAUGUCCAAGUGCCCAACCUGGGCUGAUUCCUGUUCCAGGGGUGAGGUUGGAUGAUAUGUAUGCUGGAUGUAAGAAUGUUUUCCCACACAUUUAUUAUGCGCAAUCAGGUUUACCCCCUGCAUGGAGUCCCAAACCAGCUGGACAGCGAGAAUAUUCUUCCUUUCCUGUGAGCACCUCAGUGCACUCUAAUCCUGAUGUUCAUGACUCAGAACAAGGUUACCACCGGUCUGAUGAAGCUACCAAUUGUUCUAUUGACCGGACUGUUCAAGAGCAGAACAAGCAGGACCCUGUUGGGGAACCAAGGUGCAGUUCUACUAUUGCUGACCAGAGUGCUUGCAGUAGUUUAUCUAAUGGUGUUGUGAAUCAUGAAAACAGCAGUGCACAGGGAGGUGUUUCAACUAGAAGCGAUGCAAGUGCUAGUGCUACUUUUGUUGCAGCAGUUGAUAAUGGCACAAUCACAGAGAGUUUCAAUGAUAGCAAUUUCUUCAAUCACGAUGGAUUGAAAGGGAUGGAUACUCAUCGCUCCAGCCAAAGAGAAGCCGCCUUGACAAAGUUCCGACUCAAGCGGAAAGAUCGAUGCUUUGAGAAAAAGGUUCGAUAUCAGAGCCGGAAAAGACUAGCAGAGCAGCGUCCGCGAGUGAGAGGGCAGUUUGUCCGUCAAGUGCAGAAUGAAACCCCCGUAGGUGAUGCUGAUGGCCCUAAAAUAUGACGAUACAAACCUGCCUUUCCCACCGACUUGGAGAUCGAUUCUUGAUCAAAGCAUGAAACUAUUCAAUUUUCUGUUGCAAGCAUAUUCAACAAGUUUUUUGAAAGUAAAAGUAGGAUCAUGUCAUAGCUGAAAUAUUUGCAAGCUUCUCUGGUAGCAAUGGGCGAGGACAGUAGUUUUUGCAUCCAACUGAAAGAGUUAGCAUUGUAAUUAUAGCGAGGUAGUCUUGGUUCUUUUUCAUCGUAGAUUAUGUAUGAUUGUAUGCACAUUGGACAACUGACUUAUUGUAGUUUAGGCAGGUUAGUUAGUUGUAUAAGUUUGCUUCAAUAGGGUAAUGUACGUAUUGGUGUCUUUGACUCUUUUCUUUACAACUUUGGUUAUUCUACUGAAUGGUUUCUCUUUUAGACUGCGUAGGAGAGCUCUCAUUCUGUAUUUGCUAUAAAGUGAUCUUACUAUUCGCUGCCUUUAUUA